CGAGCCACAAAAAAUUCGCACGUUUUGCUGCUAUCUCCAUGAUGAUGCCGCGAGCCAUGGAACGGUUUGCGGGCGAGGCGCUGUGCCGGAGCUCUCGUGGCGACGACCGAAGCAGCGAGCCGCUCGCCAUCUGCGUACAGUACUGCGCGUACUGUGCCGUCGCCAUCGUGGCACUCGGGCGUUGUACCGUACGUACCUACGUGCUACGCCGCAGCACACAACUACAGACAUCAAGCAAACAGCCGCGCCAACUCGUCCCGUACGCACUCUCAAUCCAGCGCCCGCCCCGUCGGAUCCGCACGUGCGGCACGCUCCGCAACCGGCGACUUCCCGGGCCCGCCGAUGUACGUCGCCAGUUCGUGGGGCAGGUAACUACCUACUGUACCCGUGGGCCGGCUAAAAGCGCGACGACGUAUGCACGCCGCGCAGGCCUUUUUGCGGCGUCGAGCCACUGCGGGGAGGAGAGCUAGGCAGCCGCCC